GCUAAUAUAUCAGGUCCAGAAGAUUUUGAGGCAAUAGCAUCUACAACAAAAAACAUAAAAAAAAGUUUUAGCUAUACUUUUAUGGAUUUGUGGUUAGGAGAAGGCCUUUUAACAAGUACUGGGUCCAAAUGGCAAACAAGAAGAAAAAUCUUAACUCCUGCUUUUCAUUUCAGUAUCUUGCAGCAGUUUGUUGGUGUAUUUACAACUGAAACUGAUCAUUUAGUAAAAGAGUUGAGGAAAAUCUGUCACAAACCUUUUAUAAAUGUUGUACCAUAUAUCUCGCAGUUUACAUUAUGCGCAAUUAAUGAGACUUCGAUGGGUGCUAAAUUAAACCUUGAAAAUGAAGAGCAUAAGUCCUAUUAUACCACCACUCAUCAAAUAGGAAAGAUAAUGGUGCAGCGAUUAUUAAGACCAUGGUUCCAUUUCAAUUGGUUCUUUUACCAUUUUACAUACCUUGGUUACAAGGAGACACAAAUGGUAAAAAUUCUACACGGUUAUACAGAUAGGGUGAUAUCAGAGAGAUCAAAACAAUUUGAGAAGUUUGCGAUACCCAAAAACGAAAAUGACGAGGAAUUUAAUUAUUCGAAAAGGAAAAAAUUAGCUAUGUUAGACAUAUUGCUGAAUGCCAAAAUCAGUAGUGGAAGUAUUGAUGACAAAGGAAUUCAAGAUGAGGUUAACACUUUUAUGUUUGAGGGACAUGAUACAACUUCAAUGGCACUUUGCUUUACACUGAUGGAACUUGCUAGCCAUAAAGAUGUGCAGGAAUCAAUUUUACAAGAGAUCCAUUAUGUUCUCGCAGAUUCAGCAGAACAACCCACCUACAAUGAUCUCCAAGAGCUAAAACUCAUGGAAAGAUGUAUUAAAGAAUGCCUAAGAAUUUAUCCAAGCGUUCCAUUUAUUGGAAGAGUAUUAGAAGAGGAUGUUAAAACCAGUACCGGCUACAUUCUACCAAAAGGAACAAUGGCUCAAGUCCACAUUUUUGAUAUACAUAGAAGUGAAAAAACUUGGCCAAAUCCAGAGAAGUUUGACCCGGACAGAUUUUUACCAGAGAACUGUCAGGACCGACAUCCUUUCGCUUUCGUGCCUUUCAGUGCAGGUCCUAGAAAUUGCAUAGGUCAGAAAUUUGCUAUUUUGGAAUUAAAAGUUGCUUUGUGUGGAAUUUUAAGGAAUUUUGAGUUGCAACCAGUGGAUACACCAGAUAGUAUUGUCCUUGUUCCGGAUAUGGUGCUAAGAGCACAGAAUGACACUAUAAGAAUAAAAUUUGUACCAAGAACGCCCAGUCCUAAUGGAAUGACAUUCUAAGGAGAAAUGAAUGAAUACAUUUUUGCGAAAUCGCAAAAAUAGCCUUCAUAUGAAAUUUUGUUAUAAUAAUAAGUACCUAGGUACCUAUUACUGUAAUAGAAAUCCAGGAAUUUUACCAAAUUGAAUUCUAUGUUGUCAUUCUGUAUUAUUUUGUGUCAUAAAUUACGUUACAUGUAAUCACACUACAAGUCCAUUUCUAAUAUUUUUAUGUUUCGUUUUAAUUAAUGUAUUUUAUUUAUGUUACUACAGGAUAUAAAUAUCUAAUAUGGAUAA